AAUAUUCAUGGCUCAUCCAGUUGGAAGGUGAUUCACCUGAAGCUUUGUUCCCAAAUUAGUAACGUGGCAACAUCUCAAAUGGUGCUUUCCACCAGUUGAAUUGAAAAAAGUCUCUCUCUUACUCAGAUACAAACUUAGGCUUUCACCUGUCAGAGGAAAAUGAAACCAUCACUAACUGCUCUUUAUUUUGCUGGCAGGUUCAUGCCUACGACAAAGUAAUUUUUUCCCCAGGUGAAUUACUCCCUCACGUUGGCGUGGCGAUGACUAAUAAAGUAUUUAUGAAAACUCCAUAAGUGUGUGGUCCCCAUUCCCACAGUGUGUCACUGCUGCCGCCAAGUGACAGGUCUGAAAAAUCAGCAAAUCUUAAACAAUUAGAGCAUCGAUUCCUUUUUCCAAAACCCAGGCCCCUGCUACCUUCCAGACAAAGAUAUUGUCUUCUUCUGUGAUGGGAAUUAAGAGAGGACACUGACCUCAAGCACACUUGACCCACGUGGGCGUUCCCCCUGGAAUUCAUGGCUUCGGAGGAAAGAAAGGCAUGGGUGAUUAAGAAAAUAAUUUCUUUGCUUGAACGAAUACAUCAAAUUUUCGGGUUGAGGCUGUUUUUUAGUUUAGUUUGGCUAGUUUCCCACAGUCUGUCACAAAAUCGCACUAUGCUACAGGAAGGGAACUGUCUUAAAAAAAAUCCAUCCGUCGCACCGAAAACUUGUAACUCUCAGAGCACGCAGGUGCUUGGGGACGUCUGCAAAGGCAGUUCUCUUGAGCCACCUCAUUCUUGAACUGGGCUAAGAGCUUUUCAAUUGCUGUGACAUUUUCAGCCAGGGAAGUAGUAGUUGUUGCAGAGCCAUGUUUUACAGGCAAUUACUUUAUAUGAUCAAUGGAGCAAUUCCCCUUCCAGAAAGGAACCAAAGCGAUCAAGUUAAAUCAUUAAAGAGAGAAAGAGAGCGCGGGAGAAAGGAUUCAUCUCGUUAGCAGGUGCCGGUGCUGCAGUCUCCGCGGCGGCGCACAAUGUCACUGGCCCUUUAAGACAAUGGCUGCGCUCCCUCCACCGCCGCCGCCCCCUCCCCGCCGCUGUUGACAGGUCUAAACCUCCCUCGCAGCCCAUUGUGGCCGCAGUAGGAGGCACCUGCAGAAAAUGUGCCAAAACCAGGCAGGGAGCAAGAGCUUUUCAAUAAGCUCCGCAGCUGGAGAGGAGAGGCAACACUAAACAACCGGGCGCGGAGCAGGCACGUGAUGGGAAAAGGGGUCACCGCCAGACACCUCCUAUCGGCUUUCUGAGCGCCGCUUACAGCCCUUUUGAGAAUAAGCAGGAGUGGAGCGGGUGGCAGAGAUGUGCUGGUUGGGGCUGUGGCUUUGUUCAGCGUGCCUUGGGAAUCAAGAGAACAGAUUGGAAAUUUCAGAUCUCCAAGAUAAAUGAUAGAUGAAAACAUCUGAGACUCAGGGCAAAGCACCUUGCCCAGGGCCCCACAAGGAAUAGGUGAUGGAGAGUGUCGGCGUGUACGGAUUCUGUGGCUGUACAGCAAAGAGCAAAAUGAAGUGUGAUGAUUCAAGGUGGGAAAUAACCGCUUCAGAAGCGGCCCCCGCAUCUGCAUAUUCAUCUCCAGCCCGGAGUCUGGGGGACACAGGAAUAACACCCCUGUCCCCUUCCCACAUUGUGAACGAUGCAGACCCGAACGUGUCUGAGCAGCAGACGUUUCUCGUGGUGGUGGCUGUCGACUUUGGGACCACGUCCAGCGGCUAUGCCUACAGCUUCACCAAGGAGCCCGAAUGCAUCCACGUGAUGAGGCGAUGGGAAGGAGGCGACCCUGGGGUGUCCAACCAGAAGACACCCACCACCAUUUUGUUGACUCCGGAGAGGAAGUUCCACAGUUUCGGGUACGCAGCCAGGGACUUUUACCACGACCUGGAUCCCAACGAGGCCAAGCAGUGGCUGUACCUGGAGAAGUUCAAGAUGAAGCUACAUACCACUGGGGACCUCACCAUGGAUACAGACCUGACAGCAGCAAAUGGCAAGAAAGUCAAAGCCCUUGAAAUCUUUGCUUAUGCCCUGCAGUACUUUAAGGAGCAGGCGCUGAAGGAGCUGAGUGACCAGGCGGGUUCGGAGUUCGAGAACUCGGAUGUCAGAUGGGUCAUCACAGUACCUGCCAUCUGGAAACAGCCUGCCAAGCAGUUCAUGCGACAAGCGGCCUACCAGGCAGGUCUGGCCUCCCCCGAGAACGCGGAGCAGCUCAUCAUCGCCCUGGAGCCUGAGGCGGCCUCCAUCUACUGCCGGAAGCUGCGGCUGCACCAGAUGAUAGAGCUGAGCAAGGCCGCGGUCAAUGGGUACAGCUCCAGUGACACAGUAGGAGCUGGGUUUGCACAGGCUAAAGAACAUAUACGACGUAAUCGGCAGAGUCGGACCUUUUUGGUGGAGAAUGUCAUAGGAGAAAUCUGGUCCGAGCUAGAGGAAGGUGACAAGUACGUGGUGGUGGACAGUGGCGGUGGCACCGUCGACCUGACAGUCCAUCAGAUCCGGUUACCGGAGGGACACCUUAAAGAACUGUACAAAGCCACAGGUGGACCCUAUGGAUCUUUAGGAGUCGAUUAUGAGUUUGAAAAGCUUCUGUGUAAAAUAUUCGGAGAGGAUUUUAUCGAGCAAUUCAAAAUCAAGCGUCCUGCGGCCUGGGUUGACUUAAUGAUUGCAUUUGAGUCUCGCAAAAGGGCGGCUGCCCCCGAUCGAACGAACCCACUGAAUAUCACCUUGCCUUUCUCCUUCAUUGACUACUACAAGAAGUUCCGUGGCCACAGCGUGGAGCACGCCUUGAGGAAGAGCAAUGUGGAUUUCGUGAAGUGGUCCUCACAGGGGAUGCUGAGGAUGAGUCCGGAUGCCAUGAAUGCCCUUUUCAAGCCAACCAUCGACAGCAUCAUUGAGCAUCUCCGAGACCUGUUUCAGAAGCCCGAGGUGGCCACGGUCAAGUUCCUCUUCCUGGUGGGUGGCUUCGCGGAGGCGCCCCUCCUGCAGCAGGCGGUGCAGGCUGCCUUCGGCGACCAGUGCCGCAUCAUCAUCCCGCAGGACGUGGGCCUCACCAUCCUCAAGGGCGCCGUGCUCUUCGGGCUGGACCCCGCGGUCAUCAAGGUGCGCCGCUCACCGCUCACCUACGGGGUGGGCGUGCUGAACCGCUACGUGGAGGGCAAGCACCCACCCGAGAAGCUGCUGGUCAAGGACGGUACCCGCUGGUGCACCGACGUCUUCGACAAGUUCAUCUCUGCCGACCAGUCCGUGGCCCUGGGCGAGCUGGUCAAGCGGAGCUACACCCCGGCCAAGCCCUCCCAGCUGGUCAUUGUCAUCAACAUCUACAGCUCUGAGCUCGACGACGUGAGCUUCAUCACCGACCCCGGGGUCAAGAAGUGCGGCACGCUGCGCCUGGAUCUCACGGGGACCAGCAGCGCCGCGGUCCCCGCGCGGAGGGAGAUCCAGACCCUCAUGCAGUUCGGCGACACCGAGAUCAAGGCCACGGCCGUGGAUAUAGCCACCUCCAAGAGUGUCAAGGUUGGGAUCGACUUCUUAAAUUACUAAGCGGCCCUCCCCAGCGCCUGCCUGUCCCCGUGGACGCAGCUCCCCUGCAUCUGCAGACCUCAGCCCUGGACGGUUCUCUCCCUGCCCUUGACCCCUGCCAUCCCCCAGCCGAAUUUCAGCAGGGAAGGUGAGAACAGCCAGGGCUAGAAAUAAUUAGAGAUUUUUGAGGGCACACUGGAGUCAGAGAAAAACUGUUGGCGAUUAAGACUGAGGUUGGGAAAUAAGAAAUUUGAGGAUCCUAGAAGAGCAGCUAGUGUGUAUAGGUACAAAGUGGGGAAAUACCCAUCCGCCAAGGCAAUCCGUACAUUUCUGCAGCGGUGAUGGAGCUUGGUUUGAGCAGAUCUCCCUUCGCUAGAACAGAAGAUGCCCUAUCGCGAUCUUUCCAGAUUUGAAAUAAGAUCUUUGAGCCAGGAGGAGAUUCUUCCCCCUUUUUUUUUUUUUUGGAUGGCAGUCGAUAUAAAAUGCCACCCAUCUGCAGUUAAUCUCUUUCCAUCAUCCUGUGAUUAAAAGCGGUGAUUCAGUGGGAACUUGGAGCAGUUUUAGCUGGAGGGGGAAGACUGCCUACGCUGGGCACUAUUUUAGGGUCUCAUCAUUUCAAUUCCAAAUAGGUUCAGAUAGCCUCAGCUAAUCCGCUAGGAUAUGUGAGUGGGAGAGCUGACACUGCAACUUUUCAGCAGGUAAAAACCUUGCUUCAAGGGAAACUGAUACUGAGCAACUGACAUAAUCCCAAAUGACCUGCUGUGAUAUAACUCCCCAAAUGCCAAAUCCUGAUUUCUGAAUUCAUAGGUAAUUCGAGGUAACCUUACUUAGUAGGAUUCUGUGUGAGAAAAUGACGUUAAGAUUUGCCUUGUUCAUACCACUAAUCCCAAGAGUCCGGAACAGCCCCUCUCUGACUAACAUUUUAAAUGAACAUAAUUUAAAUUAACUCCCUCCUCCUGACUCACCCUCAUCUCCCUGAGUUUAUUUCCACAUUUUGAAAAGCUGGAGUUCCCUGGUGGCUCAGCAGGUUAAAGAUCCAGCGUUGUCACGGCUGUGGCUUGGAUUCAUCCCUGGUCUGGGAACUUCUGGCACAGCCAAGAAAAAAAAGAAAGAAAGAAAAAAAAAGAAAAUGCAUUGGUAGCACAUGGGCAGAGAAUCUGUUCUAUAAAAUGUUUCAUUAAAAUCUUAAACCCAAACUGAAGAUUCCAUCUAAAGGAAUUCAGAGAUCUGUACCUGAUGAAUGAAGCCAGGUUUUUUCAAAGCAGAUCUGUGCAUCUCCUGCGUGAGAACUGCCUGGGUGCUUCUUAGAAACAGCUUCCUGGAUUCUAUCCCUUUUAGGAGCUGAAGUCAAGUCUUGGAGAGGGGAACCAGAAGCUGCAGUUUUUAGUAAACAACACAGGGGACUGUGGUUCAAUUCGAAUUUGAAAACUCCUAACUUUAGGUUUUUUGAAAGCUGUCCCCUCGUGAGUGGGACUGGGGCUCCACCUGGUUUGGGGAUGGUACUUGUAACCCUUACAGGAAGGGCCGGGUGGGGCGGGGGGAGAGUGGAAGAAAGACAGCCUAAGAAGGGGGCCGAGGAACCAACUGGUAUGUGUGCCCGCGCUCUCUCCUUCUCCACUUAACAAAGUCUUUGACAUUCAGGAAGCAGCUGAGGAAAAAGAAUCAAGAAUCUGACUCAUAGCCUGCUGAUCUGUUCAAAACUGUCUUUUCCACCUGCUGGAGUUCAUUGGAUUUUAAAUCACCGGAGGCAUGCAUAAUGAAUGAGGGGAGGAUGGAUAAGCCACUAGCUUUAAAUGCAAGUUGGAUUCACAAACCCAUCAUCACAGCCCAUUAUCAUAUGCAGAUUCUAAAAUAGCACUUCCAAUUUCAUUUUAACAUGUCUUCUUUUUCACAUCGCUUGCCGCAGAAUUCCCUACUAGAAUGUGAAUCACGAACAAACCACAGAACUGGAGAAUGCUCGUCACAUACUCAGUAGCGGGAUUUCACAUCCAGGCACAAAGGUGUGCUCGCUAAGGUUCUCUUGCUGCCUGCUCUGCUUCCAAAGCUAAAUGGGUCUUUCUUUGGUGUUGCCGGCCAUACUCUACCAAUAAGACUUCAAUGUAGUUACAAGUUAUAUAAUUUUAUGUACAUAACAAUGUUAGAAAAUUGUACAGAAUCUUGAUUUUUACAAUGUGCUCUUGUUAAAAAAAAAGGGGGGGGGGAAAUGCUUUUUGAAUUUCGUUGAUGACAUUGCUGCCUUUAAUUUCCCAUGGUUUCAUUUCUUCACUGUGCUUUCUAAUCAUCAGUUUGUUCCAAUGCUAAGCUAUGGACUGUGUAUGCAGCCUGAGCAAUAGCCAGAGGUGCUUAGGGUCAGAAUCCUCUGAAGAACUAGACCAGCUGGAUCCACAGCUUCCCUAGACCAUUUUACAGGCAUAUCUCUCCCAAAGGUUUGCAGUUUAUAUUUAAAGGAGCAUAAUAAUGUAUCAAUUCUCCUGUCCUGUCCUUGAGAGCUGAACUUUCUGGGUCUGUAAGCCAUGUGACUGUGCAGAAAAACCUUCAACGACUCUGAGUCCCUGCAGGGCUGCCAGCUUCUCCUUGUGGGGAAAAGCAGUCACUCUGAGGGGAAAGUGUGAUGUUUUCAGGCCACCAGAAUCAAAGAAAAGGAAUGAAGUGGUGCAGGAAUUCAGCUUUUCUACUGGAUGAAGUGUCAGUAUGAGUAAUAGCGUCAGGUCCUUUUCUUGGCCAGUGUAAGGCCUUUCCCAUCUUGCCUGAAGGCUGUCUCCUUGUCUGCUGUUUCUCUUAAAUGAACUGGUUGAAAUUUGGAAUAUGGGCAAAUAGGUGAUGGAGAGGGGGUGAUGAUUUUCCUGGAUUUUCUUCUGGCCCCAGAGAUGCAGCCCUGAUAGUCAAACUUAAGAGGGAAUUCUCACAUUCACCCCUCUGACAGACAUUUACUAGAGGAAGAGCACUGGGUAAGUAUAUUUGGACACAUUUACUAAUCUUAGAAAUUUUCUAAAAGGCCUGUUGUCUUGACCCAUUACUCCGUUGUCCCUGGCGUAUUAGCUGAGGUUCAAGGUUCCCGGAAGCAGAACUGUCAAGGGAUUUCCUUUGUAACUGCCCUCUCUGUACACAGCAGGCAUUCAUAAAUGUUAAGAGACAGACAUGUCACAGACAGACAAGAUAGAAAAGAGGAGACAUACAAAUGUUUGUGCAGACUGAUGGCUAAGAUGAGUCCAGAUUACAGGGCCUCCCCUACCCCUCGAAUGGUAUUUAGGUCAAGUUUAGCUUUUAGAGUCCAGGUCUGGUUAAUUGCCAGGGUGGCAAAGAAUUGCAUGCACCGAUAUAAACAGGAGUCAAAAUGCAUUAUUAGCUGAAGAUCAAAUCACCCAUUGUGGAGAUGAAAUAGCUGUGAUGAAGCUGCGUAUUUUAUGCCGGGAAAUGACUUCAGUGGAUGGCUAGGAAAAAGUUGUUUGCCGUAAUAUCACAUCUCUCAUCUUCUUGGAAUAUGGAACUAUAUUCUAAAAUAUCUGCCACUGGGGUCUUGUUCACUACAAGAUAAGUUCAGACUUCAUAGAAUUUUGCAGCAAUUCACAACUUGAUUGUAUCGGUAAGCUGUCUUCACAGAUGUCAAAUAAAGCAAAACUCUGGAUCUCA